UUCCGGAGGUGAAGAACCUCGGUGCUAACCGACCUACCUGUCCCAUCCGCCGGUCCGCGGUGCAUCGUGCCCAGGCAUCAGCGUCCCCAGUAGAACCAGCUGCAGCUGUAGGUGAACUUUCUGCAAAACUGUGACCUUCAGAGUGAAGAUGGGAAACCUCAGAGGACUGAGUGUCUUCAUUGUUCUGACUCUUGCCGUCUUCACCUCCGCCAGACCAAAAUCAGGUCCUAAUCAGAAAUGUAAGUCUGGCCCGGUGGAUCUAGUCUUCCUCAUCGACAGCUCCCGCAGCGUAAGACCACAUGAGUUUGAGACGAUGAGGAAGUUCUUGAUCGACAUCCUGAACACCCUGGACAUUGGACUAGACACCACAAGAGUGGGAGUUGUUCAGUACUCCAGCCAGGUCCGCAGUGAGUUCUCCCUCAAGACCCACAGCAAGCUGGAAAACAUGGUGAAAGCCAUCAAUGAGAUCGUUCCACUGGCUCAGGGCACCAUGACGGGCCUCGCCAUCAGAUACUUAAUGAAUGAAGCUUUCAGUCCCGGACAGGGAGACAGGCCAAAGGUCCCCAACGUGGCUGUGAUUGUGACAGAUGGACGUCCUCAGGACCGUGUGGCGGAGGUGGCGGCUGAGGCCAGAGAAAGAGGCAUUGAGAUCUAUGCAGUGGGAGUGGCCAGAGCCGAUAUGACGUCACUAAGAGCCAUGGCCUCGCCGCCCUUCGAAGACCAUGUGUUCCUGGUGGAGAGGUUUGACCUUAUCUACCAGUUUGGCCUGCAGUUCCAGGACAAGCUCUGUGGUAUUGAUCUGUGUCUGGAGUCUGACCACGGCUGUGAGCAUCUCUGUGAAAGCUCCCCAGGAUCCUUCACCUGCCAAUGCCUGCCUGGAUACAGGCUCAAUGCUGAUGGGAAGACAUGCUCAGCCAUUGAUCUGUGUGCUGAACGAAAGCAUGACUGCCAACAGAUCUGCAUCAGCUCACCUGGCUCCUUCACCUGUGACUGUAACCAAGGCUACCACCUGAAUGACGACAAGAAGACAUGCUCACCCAUUGACCUGUGCGCUGAGGGAAAACAUGACUGUCAACAAGUCUGUGUCUACAUGGGACCGGGCGUCUUCACCUGCGACUGCAACGAGGGAUACAGACUCAAUGUGGACGAGAAGACCUGUGCACCCAUUGACCUGUGCGCUGAGGGAAAACAUGACUGUGAACAAGUCUGUGUCUACUCGGGACCCGGCAUCUUCACCUGCGACUGCAACGAGGGAUACAGACUCAACGUGGACGAGAAGGCCUGCUCACCCAUUGACUUGUGCGCUGAGGAAAAACAUGACUGUCAACAAGUCUGUGUCUACUCGGGGCCCGGCGUCUUCACCUGCGACUGCAACAAGGGAUACAGACUCAAUGGGGACAAGAAGACCUGCACACCCAUUGACCUGUGCGCUGAGGAAAAAGAUGACUGUCAACAAGCCUGUGUCUACAUGGGACCGGGCGUCUUCUCCUGCGACUGCAACGAGGGAUACAGACUCAACGGGGAUGAGAAGACCUGCUCACCCAUUGACCUGUGCGCUGAGGGAAAACAUGGCUGUGAACAAGUCUGUGUCUACAUGGGACCGGGCGUCUUCACCUGCGACUGCAACGAGGGAUACAGACUCAACGUGGACGAGAAGACCUGCUCACCCAUUGACCUGUGCGCUGAGGGAAAACAUGGCUGUGAACAAGUCUGUGUCUACUCGGGGCCCGGCAUCUUCACCUGCGACUGCAACGAGGGAUACAGACUCAACGGGGACAAGAAGACCUGCACACCCAUUGACCUUUGUGCUGAGGGAAAACAUGACUGUGACCACGUCUGUGUGAACAUGGGCCCGGGCAUCUUCACCUGCGACUGCAAAAAGGGAUACAGGCUCAAUGAGGAUGAGAAGAGCUGCUCAGCCAUUGACCUCUGUGCUGAGGGGAAACAUGACUGUGAACAGAUCUGCAUCAGCACCCCGGGCGUCUUCACCUGUGAUUGUAACAAAGGAUUCAAACUCAACAGGGACAAGAGGACUUGCACAAACAUGGACAUGUGCAACACGGUGAAGCACGGCUGUGACUACCAGUGUGUAAACACCCCUGGAUCUUACCACUGUAUCUGUCCUGAAGGACAACUGCUUCAGGAUGAUGGCAAGACAUGCGGCACUUGCAAGUCUGCAAACAUCGACCUGGUGCUUCUGAUCGACGGCUCUAAGAGCGUCCGCCCUCAAAACUUUGAGCUCGUCAAAAAGUUUGUCAAUCAGGUUGUCGACUCUCUGGACGUGUCUGCUCAUGGUACCAGAGUCGGUCUGGUUCAGUACUCCAGCCGGGUCAGGACAGAGUUCCCACUCAACAUGUACCACACUGCUGAAGACAUCAAAGCUGCAGUCAUGAAGGUUGACUACAUGGAAAAAGGAACAAUGACAGGUCUGGCACUUAAACACAUGCUGGAGUACAGCUUCUCAGAAGCAGAAGGCGCCCGUCCAGCCAGUCGCAACAUCCCCCGCAUUGGACUGGUUUUCACAGACGGGCGAUCCCAAGAUGACAUCAGCGAAUACGCCAAAAAGGCUAAAGAAGCCGGAAUCACCAUGUAUGCUGUUGGUGUGGGCAAAGCUGUGGAAGAUGAGCUGCGUGAGAUUGCCUCUGAUCCUGUGGAAAAACAUUUCUAUUACACGACAGAUUUCAGUGCCAUCAACACCAUCGCAGACAACCUCAAACUUAAUGUGUGCCCAGCGGAGAGUCAGGGGGAGGUUGAAGUAAAGGAUCCAUGUGCCUGUGAGAACCUGGUGGAGUUCCAGCAGGCCACCAUGAACAGCCUGGAUCAGUUCACACAAAAACUAGCUUCUAUGGCUGCCCGUUUGGAGCAACUGGAGAACCAGCUCCUGUCCAGGAAGUGAUGUGGUCAAACAGAGUGACCACACAGGACAGCAGGAAAACCGGAGGGAAAAAGAAGAAAAAGACUCAUCCUGGAAAACUUUAACCAACUGGGAUCUACAGCAUGACACCUCUCACAUUAAACUGAUGAUUUUACAACACCUUCACAGAUCUUAGGAACUCUGUUAGAAAUAUGUUACAGUUUAUGGUUUGGGGAAAAAAAUAUUUCUGUUGUAGCUGUAAGUGGUAUAGAUGAAUAAAAUUCCCAAACACCAAUGUACAAUGUAGCUGUAAAAAAUGUUGUAUUAAAAAAAAAAAAAAAAAAUACAACCUCAAAACUUGCCCCUGUUUUACAGUGUUCUUUUACACAGAACAUAAUCAAUACCUUUGUUUAUUAAACAGCAUUUUGUUACUGGUUUAUUUCUAACAAGCACGCCAAUCUAAGCAGGGUGUCUGUUUUUUGUAAACUAGAUGUAAUGAAUGUAUUUUAGGUACAAGACGUCAGCUCACAGUUAAAUUAUCAAGUUUCUUUAUAGUCACAGUCAUUCAGUGCACUAUUUAUACCGAACCCUUUUUACAGUUUGACAAAAUAUGUAUUGAUGGCAGGUUGCAGUUUUUAAUUUAAUUUUUUUAACCAGCAGCAGAAACACAAAGACACCAAAGCAGGACACGAGUUCUUGAUGCCACUUCUAUCAACUCUCUGGUUUAUGUCACAUAACAUUUUUUAUGUUUUGCCUCCAGAGCAAAUUCUCAAACCAAAUCAUCAAAAAGUAGAAAUGGUUUUAAUAUAAAAGGGAAUUUAAGAAAUUUUGAGUCUUAAUGUUUACUGAAGCUGUGGUGUUAAUUCAAUAGAGAAAUCUGCCAAUGCUGAAGGACUUACUGCUUUUAUUUUUUAAGAAUAUUUAUAAUUUUAAGCAUUUAUCAAAUAUUCUGAAAUAUAAUAUAUAUAUAUUUGAGAAGCUACAUUAUUUGAUUUUAGAAAUUUCAUCCUAAAUCGAUAGAAAUUUCUUGUUAGUUUAGGUGUUUAAUUAUUUUGGUUUGUACCAAUAAUACCAACAUAAAUUUAUAGCCCUUAAUUUUGGAAUAUCUGUAUAAUUUUGUAUAUUUUCUGAUAACUACUUUUGUAUUUUUGUAAUGAAACUUUGUAUCAAACCAAAGAGGGCAAUAAAGGACUAAACAUUUUG